AUGCAUACUGCAAUCGCGCCGAGUUUUGUGUGUGUCCUCACUGCCCUGCAAUACGUGUCGGCUAUUGAUGUGCCAUUGAAGGCUCCCCUUUCAUGGGAUGAAGCAUCAGAGAAGGCCAGGAACUUCGUCUCUCAGCUCAAACUAUCAGAGAAGAUCGGCCUUGCAACCGGCAGUUAUGGCUCCCCUCCGUUCCUACCAUGUGUAGGUACGCUCGCGCCGAUCGAACGACUCAACUACUCUGGAUUAUGCAUGUCCGAUGGUCCAAACGGGGUCAACCGAGCGGAUGGAGUGAGUGUGUUUGCAUCCGGUAUCACUGUGGCGGCGACGUGGGAUAGACGUCUAAUGCACGAACGAGGAUUGGCCCUUGGAGAGGAGUUCAGGAUGAAAGGCAUACACGUUCUAUUAGGACCUAGUACUGGACCUAUGGGCCGCCACCCUCGAGGCGGUCGCAAUUGGGAAGGAUUUGGCCCAGAUCCGUACCUCGCUGGUGUCGCUAUGAGCGAGUCAGUGUCCGGUAUAGUAGCGAAUGGUGUUCAGACAAGCUCAAAGCAUUACAUUGGCAAUGAGCAAGAAACACAACGCGUGCCUAGUACCAGAGAUGAUGGGACAGUCAUUGAAGCGAUCUCUGCAAAUAUCGACGACCGGACACUUCACGAGCUUUAUCUCUGGCCAUUCGCCAAUGCUAUCCGAGCUGGAACAUCAUCUGUCAUGUGCGCCUACAGUCGCCUGAACCAGACGUACUCCUGUGCAAACUCAGAGAUUCUGAAAGCGAUUCUCAAAGACGAAUUGGCUUUCCCUGGCUACGUAGUCUCCGACUGGGGCGCUACGCACUCUACAGUAAACUUUGCGGAAGCAGGUUUAGACCUCGAGAUGCCGGGAAAUGUCACUGGAAGUGGUAUUCCAUGCUAUUUUGGCGACGAGCUGCUUGAAGCAGUCCAAGCGAACAACGUAUCGACGAAACGUCUUGAUGACAUGGCAACGAGAGUUAUGACGCCCUAUUUCCGACUCAAUCAAGACAUGGAUUUCCCCGCGAUGGACCCUGCUACUGGGCCCACGUUCCUUGUUACUCAGUUUGGCCAUGGAUCGCCCUUAGCAAGAGCGUAUGCUGAAGUACCAGCUCUAGACGUUCGCGCCGAUCAUGCCCGCGGUAUCCGCGAGCUGGGUGCAGCUGGCACAGUGUUGCUGAAGAAUGUCAAUGGCGCACUGCCGUUGACAAACGAAACUAGCUUCGCGCUCUUUGGAAACGGUCUUCCCGAUCCAACAAUUGGAUCAGCUUUCGUCCCUCCACGCGCUGAAGACGUCCCAGAGGGUUUCGAAAUGGGUGCGCUUGACAUUGGCGGCGGAUCUGGCUCUAUGCGACACACCAAUCUCGUAAGCCCACUCGAAGCCAUACGGAACAAAGUGAACGCUCUUGGUGGCCGAGUACAAUUGCUGCUUGACAACAAUGAGAUUGCAGCGGGGCGUUUUUCGACUAUCUAUCCAACACCCCAAGUCUGCUUACUGUUCCUGAAGGCCUAUGCAUCGGAAGGCACUGACAGACCGGAUCUGAAUCUCCAGUGGAACGCUACGAUGGCCGUCGAAAGCACGGCAGCACUGUGCCCAAAUACUAUCGUGGUGACACACGGUCCUGGCGUAGUUUUGAUGCCGUGGGCAAAUAAUGAGAAUGUGACGGCUAUCUUAGCUGCGCACUAUCCAGGAGAAGAAAUUGGAAACUCUAUCACUGACGUCCUCUGGGGAACUGUCGAGCCUUCUGGCCGGCUACCCUAUUCCAUUCCCAUGGAAGAAUCAGACGCCGGCCCUCCGAUUCUUAUAUUACCCGAGAAUACAACAAAUCCAAGUGCAUGGACGGAGGACUUCGUUGAGGGUCAGAUGAUUGAUUACAGAUACUUCGACGCGAGCCCCGGCCAAGAACCGCUCUAUGAGUUUGGUUUCGGGCUUUCAUACACCGAGUUUGAAAUGGGAGAGAGUCUAAACGCGCGACUUGUCGUUGACUCGUUGAAUCGGUAUGCCAACAAGUCCAUGGGUAUCGAACCAGGAGGUUUGGUCGAUCUGUGGACCAAUGUAGCUGUGGUAACAGUGAACAUCACGAACUCGGGCCACAGAGCAGGUGCCGCUGUACCCCAGGUUUACGUGUCACUUCCUCAAGAUACGACACCCCAAGGCACGCCUGUGAAGGUGCUAAGAGGAUUCAGCAAGCUAUAUCUCCAGCCAGGUGAGACACAGCAGGCCAAGUGGGAGCUCAUGAGGAGAGACCUGAGCUAUUGGGACGUAGAGGAGAGAGAGUGGGUCAUUCCGAGAGGAUCCAUAUAUCUGUCAUCAGGGUUCAGCUCCGCAGACUUGCGAGCAAACACAAUGAUAACAAAUGGUUAA